UAUCCGUCCUCUGUGGGCGGGGCGGCGCUAGGUGAGCGAAAAGGUGUGUGAAGCUGGUGGUCAUGGCGACUCGCCGAGCACUGCACUUCGUAUUUAAAGUGGGAAACCGUUUCCAGACGACGCGUUUUUAUCGUGAUGUCCUAGGGAUGCAGAUUCUGCGGCACGAGGAAUUUGAAGAAGGCUGCAAAGCUACCUGCAAUGGGCCUUAUGAUGGAAAAUGGAGCAAAACAAUGGUGGGGUUUGGACCUGAGGAUGAUCAUUUUGUUGCAGAACUAACUUACAAUUAUGGCAUUGGAGACUACAAGCUUGGCAAUGACUUUAUGGGUGUCACACUGGCUUCCAGCCAGGCUGUCAGCAAUGCCAGGAAGCUGGAGUGGCCACUCAGGGAAGUUGCAGAAGGAGUUUUUGAAACUGAGGCCCCAGGAGGAUAUAAGUUCUACCUGCAGAAUCGAAGUCCACCUCAGUCAGACCCUGUGUUGAAAGUAACUCUAGCAGUGUCUGAUCUUCAGAAGUCCUUGAACUACUGGUCUAAUCUACUGGGAAUGAAAAUUUAUGAAAAAGAGGAAGAGAAGCAAAGGGCUUUGCUGGGCUAUGCUGAUAACCAGUGUAAGCUGGAGCUACAGGGCAUCAACGGUGCAGUUGAUCACGCAGCAGCUUUUGGAAGAAUUGCCUUUUCUUGCCCCCAAAAGGAGUUGCCUGAUUUGGAAAGUUUGAUGAAAAGGGAGAAGCAAAAGAUUCUGACUCCCCUGGUGAGCCUGGAUACCCCGGGGAAAGCAACAGUACAAGUGGUCAUUCUGGCUGACCCUGAUGGACAUGAAAUUUGCUUUGUGGGGGAUGAAGCGUUUCGAGAACUUUCUAAGAUGGAUCCAAAGGGAAGCAAAUUGUUGGAUGACGCAAUGGCAGCAGAUAAAAGCGAUGAGUGGUUUGCUAAACAAAAUAAACCAAAGGCUUCAGGCUAACAGAAGACAUCCUGGGAAGAAGGAUGGUGAUUCCUUCCCAGCACCUGGGGGCUUUGAUGCGUCUGUCCAUUCAUGAUAAAUACUCUCCCAGCUUGGUUGCUCCCUGUAUAGACAAGGAAGCUGGGGGCGGGGGACAAAUUAUGUGUGUUAAUCUUUGAAAGAUCUGAUAUGUUUUAGGUAUAAAAUUCUUUUAUUGUUAAUCCAGUUAGAGAACUCUUGCUGUAACCUGUACCGCCACUGGAAUGAUACAAUCUGUGUGUAACUGUAUUAGAUUAGUAAUAAAUUCUUUUCCAGCCUGGGGCAGCCACAUGGGACAUUACCUUUGGUUGGGAUGGAAGGAAUUUCAUAAGCAUGUGCAUUUUAUGAGAACACCUGUUCAAAUAAAUCCAAACCGGUUGCUUAUAAAGGAAUACUCCAGCAUCUGAUGAUAGUGUGGUAUUCCAAUGUCCCACUCCGGCAGGCCUUGACAUUUAAACAUGUUUUAAACAUUUAUUCCUUGAACCAAAAGAUUUGGUUAACACCCCCACAUUCCUUGCUUUAACACUUUGAGAAGCCAUAGGAGAUAGACAGAAAGCUGUGAUGUGUUGUGUUGCUGCAUGCCUGGCUCUGUGCAGGUCUCCUUAUGUAAUUUUUAAAAAUAUUCAUAAGAAGAAGGGGGUGGGCUGGGAUGGGGGUAAAAGGCAGAAAACUGUACUUAAACAACAGUUAAAAAUUUUUUUUAAUUUGGAAAAGUAAAAAAAAAUAUUCAUAAGAAAACAUGUUAAAUUUCUUAAAAAUGCAUUGGGUGAUUUAUUUAACCUAAAAAAAUUUUUAAUGUUUUUCUGUAAUCUUCUGUUUGGUUCUAUAGAACAGAUAAAUUUUAAUCACUGGAAACAAUUAUAUUGGGCAUAUUUAUUAUUAAAUAAAUGUUUUUUGAAAUGUACUUCUGAACUCAAGCUCUUCCUACCAACCCGUAAGAGUCAUUAUGUAAAGUGGCAGGGCAGGUCAGAUUUUAGGGAAGAAAUUGAGGAGACAGGAUGGGACCCACCCAGAGGAUACCAGUCCCAGAAUAAUAGGCAUCAAGUUACUUGUAAAUCACAGCCUCUGCUCUUCUCCCCUGAUGGCAAGGUGGGGUGUGGAAAUUUCAGGGUGAAUGUCAGCUUACCUGCCGGUAGGGUGAUCUGAACCUUCACUGAGAGAAAAAAUCCAUUUCUUGCUUCAUAGAACUUUUCAUUCAACUUAAAUUCUCCAUCUUAAGGAAGCAAUCAUGAGUUUAAAAGCAAACCAAGUUAUCUAUGUUCUUGCUCCAGAUAAGUGGCUCACUUUUCUACACAUGGGGAAAUUAUUGUAUGAAUUUUGAAUAAUCAAAUAAACUUCUGUGUCUCUA